AGAUGCUAGAGUGAAUUUUAACAAAGGGAAACCUGAAAACAGAAAAUUACAGCUUGGAAAAGCAUCAUAAAACGAGUGAAUAGUCAGUCAAAAUGUGGGUAUGGAUAGAGUGACCAUUAUAAUGUACUGUUGCAUGGCCAAGGUGUUUAAUACUCUUUUCUAUUUUCCCUUUGAUAGAUUCAUAAUAAGGAAGAUGUUAACCAUUGUGACCAUAGUGGUGCUUUUAUUUCUACAGAUGAAGGCAAGUAGUGCCAAAAUGAUAACACAGCAAGGAGAUAUUUGUUUAAAUAGUUAUUCUUGGAGCGUGAGAGUGAUUGAUCAACAAUUCAUGUACCAGUACACUAUAACAGAUUCCUCACACCACUGUUUAGAUACCUGUCAGACGGAAGGCAAUACUCCAAGUCCAGACAUAGAAUAUGCAGAACAGGUCUAUGAAGUGAACACUGACUUUUAUGGAUCCAUUGAUGAUAAUGGUGACGUCAUCACUUGUCUGAAUAUCACAUUUGAAGUCAGACGCCAUAGUGCUUCCAAUCUAGAAGGAUUGAUAUUCACACUGGAAGAUCAUUGGAAUGGUGGCUACAAAGAGUGCUAUAGAUUGAAUUUCACAUCAGGAUUGAACCGUUUGUCUGUUUAUGACUCUACAGCUCCAAAUAAAAAUAGGAUUUUUCAUUUCGACUGUUUCUGUGAUUUGAAGAUAAGUGAUGAUGGACCAAAUGAGUAUACUUUAAAAAUCCGUUCUCUACCAUACCAAUCUCAAGACUGUACCUUAAUAGAUGAUCAGACUGUCACAAUGCAAGUAAGAGUACCUGUUUGCAACGAUCCUGCUAGAACAUGGACAGAUAAAUAUUGUGAAAUGAUUCCAAGAGAAGAAUGGACCCCAUCUAUUGACUUUUACCAAGCCAUUCCAGAAUAUAAUACCUUCAGACUGACAUUUACGCCCGCACCUGCUAGUUAUUCAAUAAAUCUAUACAGGAUUUAUAUAUACAGCUUGAUGGGGAAUUUCUUCAUCGACGGACAUAUCAUCUACGCGGAUGAUAUGAUUGUAACUCCUGUUGAGGUUAAUGGCGUUGUUGUGAAUACUACAUCCAUGGACUACGAGAUCAAUGCCAACCCAGGAGAUACUAUUACUGUAAUGAUUAUAACAGGAAAGGACAGCCAGGAAGAGAUGCGUACGAGUGGUCCAAAUGUAAUAUUCCAAGGGAACCCUUGUGAAACACAUUUUUGUGAACCUCUUGGAUCAUGCAUUCCUCGUGGUGAUGACUACGUGUGCCAUUGCAUGGAAGGGACUGUUCAAGUAAACAACCACACUUGUAUUCAAAAUCCUUGUAAGGUCAAUACGUGUGGACCUCUUGGAUCUUGUAUUCCUUCUGGUCAAGAUUAUCAUUGCAAGUGCCAGGAGGGAUCUCUUAACAUCAACAACCACACUUGUAUCCGGGACACCUGUGAAUCCAUAUCUUGUGAACCUUUUGGCUCCUGUAUACCCCUCGGUGAUGACUACUACUGUCAAUGUCAAGAAGGAACAUUCAACUUGAAUAACCAUACAUGUAUCCAAUCCAUUGAUGAUAGCAAUAUAUGGAAAGGGGUCACUGGUGCUGCUGUUAUAGGUGCUCUGUUGGUCAUCAUAAUUCUGGCGAUUUGUCUUUGUUGUAAAAGAAUUAAAGAACAUCAGGAUCAACGCUCCAGUUCUUGUUCAAGCUUGGGUUCUGAUGAUAUCCUCUUUGCCUUUUCCGAAGAAAACUGUCAGUUUGUAAAUCUUGUUGAGAUGUUGGCAAGAUUACUAAGAACCCGUGGUGAUAUCAGUCCAGUUCUUCCAACGCAGAAUACGCAAGGAAUGACUGAUCACGAGCGGGAGCAGUGGCUUGAAAGCGCUUCAGUUAAAGCCAAGAAGAUAAUCUGGAUAUGUUCUACAGAGACAUCAGAACCAGUACACUCUAAUAAUUUUGAAAAACUAUUAAAACUUACUGAGAGUGAACGGCAAAGGGGAAAAGACAGGCAUUUAGUAUGUUUCUUUUCGAAGGUGUGUUCGGAAUGGAACAUACCAUGUAAAUUACGAGAAUUUCGAACAUACAGUUUGUUAGAAGACUUGGAUUUAAUGUGGUUUAAUUUACAGGAUAUUGAGAAACCUACAUCGCUUUCCAGUAAUAACAUACUUUUACCAGGACGUGAACCAUGUACAGAAAGAACAGAAUUAAAAUGUGCCUUAGAAAGCUGGUCAGGAAAUUACAACGGAGAAUCACAAGACUCUGGAUUUCCAAUUGAGUUCGUGAAUGUGGAUGGAGACCAGGCUACAGGGGGAAUUGAUUUGAAUGAACUUAUUUUACAUGAUGGUGAAUCUGACAGUGACAAUCACGACAGUGCUUUUGAUGAUUAUUCAUCUAGGGGCAAUCAUCACAUGCAAUAUAGGAAAAUGCAUUCAACGGUUAUAGAGGGAUACUCAAGUACCUAUUGUUAGUGUUAGAAGAUUGAUUUCGCCUAUAUAAAUGCAGAAAGGAGGAUAUUAGAAAAAAUACAUUUAUUACACGAAUGGUUGAUUAAUAAGUCGAAUUUCAAGGAG